UCAGAGAAGAUUGCAACUCAUUACCUUCAUUGAUAUUUCUAUAUAUACACAUAACUCAUCCUUUCUAUCAUCAACCAACAACAAGCAAUCCAAUAACUUUUAUCUAUUCAUACAUCUCUUCCAAAGAAUUCAAACUUUCAGAAAACCAAGAAAAUAGAAAUGGCUUUGGUGAGAAGUUUAUUGGGUGCAAAGAAGAUUCUUGGCCAAGCAACAGCUUCUACAAGCAAAAGAGCAACCAUGGCGGCACCACCUAAAGGGUUUCUUGCCGUGUACGUAGGGGAGAGCCAGAAGAAGAGAUAUGUGGUGCCGAUCUCAUACUUGAGCCAGCCUUCGUUUCAAGCUCUUCUCAGCAAAUCCGAAGAAGAGUUUGGUUUCGAUCAUCCAAUGGGUGGCUUAACAAUCCCUUGUCCUGAAGAUACUUUCAUCAAUGUUACUUCUCGGCUUCAGUGAUGAUUAUUCACCAUUUUUGUUCUUAGAACCAGAGUUAGAUUUAUUCAUUGUAUAUAGAUGAAUCUUUUCUCUUUCUUCUCGAAUGAGUUUUCCGAAAUGGUUAUAAAAUGAAUUCAGUUUUCAUGCAA